UCUGUUUUCCAAUGCAUUUUCCAUUGCAGGAUCAGUGGCUAAAUAAAUCUUUAUGUGGACCAAUCCUUUCGCCGCUGAUUUUACUCCCCAAGCUCAUAGUGCAGCAUCCGUGAGUUUAUCCAUCAACUCCUGCAAACCUCAAUGACCGACACUGGAGCCUCAAGACAAGCCAGCGAUUAAUAAAACGCAAGGAAUAGUCUUCGUUUCCUUGAGUUACCCGUAAAGACUCCCUGCGUUCAUCCUCCUGAAAUACGAUCAGUUACGACUAUCGGUUUGACAGCAGGAAAAUCAUACUCUCCAUAAAACGCAUCAAUACGUCUUCACAUCAUGUCUUUGGGCAACACAAAGACUGGGUUCUCCGUGAAGGAUAUUUUGGACCUUUCUGACACGAAUGGGGGAUCUGGAACUGAGGAGACUGAAGAUGAAAAUGAAGAUGAAACUAGUGAAAUCAUGGCGCAAAAGAAUCUGUCUGAAAACAAUGGAAAUGUGAGAUAUAAAAGCGUGUUGUGUGAUAAUGGUGGUAAACCCUACUCACGGUGGCUUGAGUCCUCAAACAGCAUCCACUAUUCAAUGAUCCACGGUGUGUCAAUUGAUUCUCGAAACGAAUCAAAAUCUCCAGAGUUGUCCACUGACGAAUCCCAAGAUAUUGACAGGGACCCCGCAGGUGACAACAGUGAAACGGGAAAGAAGAGAAAAAGGAGAGUGCUCUUUUCUAAGGCCCAAACAUAUGAACUUGAGCGAAGAUUCCGUCAACAGAGAUAUCUCUCGGCACCGGAAAGGGAACAUCUUGCUAACGCCCUACGACUGACACCAACCCAAGUGAAAAUCUGGUUCCAGAACCAUAGAUAUAAAAUGAAGAGAGCUCGCGCAGAGAAGGGCAUGGAUAUGGUUCAAUUUGUUUCUCCAAGGCGGGUGGCCAUUCCAGUUUUGGUGAGGGAUGGCAAGCCGUGUGACACUGUAAAAACUCAAGAACUUGACGGUGCUUUUAGGGCUGGCAUAGGCCUACCGUUCUCGGCCUACAGUGCAUAUUCCCUCCCUCACGUGCAGAUGCGUUCACAUUACAGUCCUGAUGCCAUGUCUCAACUUUCCGGUGUGCAUCAUUUGGCGCAAAUGUACCAAUGGACUUGGUGAAAGGUGGAUUUUCAACAGAACAUUAAUCAAGAUUUAAAAAAAUAAUGGCUGACCUCUGCUUUCGAAAUAGUCAUUGUCCACAAUUUCACCUUUCGACGGCAGAAAUUGGCACUAGUUUGUGAAAUAGGCCUAUUCUUGAUUUUCAGAUGAUGGUCGUUUAUGGAAUGUUUGUGUUGUGUUCAAAUUGUUCAGUCAUUUAACAAAUGUAUGAUGUGUUCUCGUGAACUGGUAUGUA